CAGGUUUACAGGAAAUAUGAGUAUCAGGAAGUAGAAAAUUUGGAAGAUUUCUUUGCUCGCUAAAGUGUCUAACAAAUAUUUCAAAGUCGUAAUUAGCUCGAUAUAAACGCAGACAUGUUCUUUUGUUGAAUAAACAAAGAGUUUGAAGCGCGAAAUCUGCGUGUCUACGGUGAAUAAGUUCUGGAGAGUUAAAUAAUUAUGAACCGGGUCCCACUGCAACAGCCGCUGACCUGUGGCCCCUGGGAGCUAAAGGAGCGACUGGGGACCGGAGGCUUUGGGAACGUCACAAAAUGGCAGAACAGGGAGACAGAGGAGCAGAUUGCCAUUAAACAGUGUCGCCAGGAGCUGAGUGAAAGAAACAAAGAGCGCUGGUGUCUGGAGAUUCAGAUCAUGAAGAGGUUAAACCACGUAAAUGUUGUCGCAGCCAGAGAAGUUCCCGAGGGAAUGGAGAAGCUAAUGGCCACCAAUGACCUCCCUCUUUUAGCGAUGGAGUUCUGUCAGGGUGGAGACCUCAGGAAGCAUCUAAAUGUUUUGGACAACUGCUGUGGAAUGAGGGAGGGGGCGGUGCUGAUUCUCCUACAGGACAUUUCGUCCGCUCUGAUGUAUCUUCACCAAAAGAGAAUCAUCCAUCGAGAUUUGAAACCAGAAAACAUUGUGCUUCAGCAGGGAGAAAAGCGAUUGAUUCACAAGAUUAUAGAUCUUGGAUAUGUAAAGGAGUUGGACGCAAGCAGUUUGUGUAUAUCAUUUGUGGGAACACUGCAGUACUUGGCUCCAGAGCUCAUAGAAAGGCAGAGAUACACCUACACUGUGGACUACUGGAGCUUUGGCACAUUGGUGUUUGAGUGCAUCACAGGAUUUCGGCCCUUUUUACCAACCUGGCAGCCUGUUCCUUGGCACAACAAAGUCAGACAAAAGCAGGAUGAUGACAUUGUUGUCCAAGAGGACCUUUCAGGAGAAGUACGAUUCUAUAAGCACCUGCCCCAGCCCAAUAAUCUCAACAGUCUGUUGCUGGAAAAGUUGGAGCGGUGGCUAAAGCUGAUGCUGAAGUGGUCACCACAGGAGAGAGGAAAGGAUAAAAAUGCGACACCCAGUGACUGUUUUUCUCAACUAGAGCUCAUAUUGAAACUCAAGUUGGUACGUGUCCUGAACAUGAUGACAACAAAAACCCUUGUUUAUUCUGUGUCAGAGCAUGAGACAGUGGCUCAAUUGCAGCAAAGAAUUGAAAAAGAUACCAACAUCCCAGUGGCCAAUCAGGAGUUGCUGCUAGAGGCUGGACUGGCCCUAGAGCCACAGGGACUGACUCUGCAAUGUGCUGUCGACUACACUGAAAUAGACGGACGAAGGAAUGAUUUCCCAAUGGUUUUCCUUUUUGAUCGAUCGUCCUGUAACUAUGAACCUCAGUUUACUCCUCGCCCUCUCCCUGAAAACAUACGCUUUGUUCAAAAUGACCCCAGUCACAUUUUGCAAUACAGUCCCCUGAGGAGGACCUGUGGGCAGGCUUGGCACACCAUUCGCUGUCUGAAAGAAGACUGGCAAAGGCUGCAGCAAGGCCAGAAAGCUGCUAUCAUGAGUCUGUUGAGACACAACUCCUCUUUAUCCAAACAGAAUAUUGAAAUGGUGUCAAUGCACCAGAGGCUUAUGGCUAAACUGGAUUUCUUCACAACCAGUCUUCACAUAGACAUGGACAAAUACCAGGAGCAGACUGCCACUGGAAUUGCAUCAGAAAAACUCUUGUCUGUUUGGAGGGAGAUGGAGCAGACUGCUAUAAGUUGUGGUCAGGCCAAGGUCAGUGAACUUGAGGAUGAGAUGAUGCACCUACAGCCUGAUAUUGUGGAUGUGCAGAGACAGAGAAGUGGAGAGGCUCUGGAUACACUUGAAGGAAAAGCAAUGGAAAUGUUCCGCAAGCUCAGAGAAAAACCCAGAGACCAAAGAUGUUCUGGGGACAGCCAUGAGGUGGUGCGACUUGUAGUCCAGGCUGUGCAGUUUUUUGAGAGGAAGGUCAGAGACUUCUACACACAUCUCAGUAAAACAGCUCUGUGUCGACAACGUGUGAUGGAGCUCCUGCCCAAAAUGGAGGAGGUGGUGCAAAAGAUGGUGGAGAGCGAACAAAUCCUCAUGAGUCUGCAGGAGAAAAGACAGAGGGAACUUUGGAACCUGCUCAAAGUGGCCUGUAGUAAAGUCCGCAGUCCUGUAAGUGGAAGUCCAGAAGGUUUACGGACCUCUGUGCCACAUUUAGUAACUCCAAGACACAGCCUUCAGCAACUAGAUGAGUCUCUUGUGGAGGAAAGCAGAACAUUUGAAAGUCGGCUCCAAAGUUUGCUUCAAGACACAAUUCAGGAGUCAGAAAGCAGUAUGGAGAUGUUGCGGGAAUGGAAGUGGCUGCAGGAAGACCUGGGGCCUCAUUUAUAAAGCUUGUUUAUGCACAAAUCCUUGUGUAGGUGUUCUUUACGCCAAGUGGGAGAUUUAUGAAACUCGUCCUAAGCGCCACGCUUUGCUUCUCUCUAGCAUGGACCCUGCUGUAAGCUCUAUGAAGUCUGGAGACACAGGGAAAAGCGACACUCGUGGAGAGGCACAGAAGUGAAGAGAGUUUGAGGAAGUUUUUGAUCAGGAAAUGAUCUGAAAAUCCACCUAUAUAAAAGAAUUACCUUCAGAUUUGUGCAUUUAAGCAGAGGUUAGCCAAAACAUGGACAGGGGCUGUUUAUUCCACUCAUUAUUCUCUACAAUAUUAUACAUUUGAAAGUCGCCAAGCACAGCCUCUUUCUCAGUGCAGCACAGAGGCUCCAGCAGUCCAUAACCAUAGACUUCUAUAGCUCACAGUCUGUGGCUGUGACCCAACAGCACAGGAGCGAGGCUUUGGUUCAAUGAAGCACUGGGACUAAACGCAACUUAACACUUUUGUAUUUAUGCACCGAUCGCCAGAGUGGCCCGAUUCCACGCACGACACGAAGCCUACUGGCCGAACCUAACACAAACUAUUCAAAAUAUUCCCUACAUUUUUGUGUAAUGUGGAGCUCUUGCAAAUGAGAGCUUGCUCUCUAACAGUAUGAAGAACACAAUUAUAUGCCUGUGCCUUCCUGACCCAGGCCCGCACACUCACAGACGUAAGGAGAGUUUAGAUGUUUUGUGUGGACUUUUAUUGGCACAAUAACAGUGCCUGAUAUGUAUCUAAUGUGUUACAAAUCUGUGUUCUACCUGCUGAAGCGCUUGUCCCCUGACCGCUGAUCCACGUAUCCCUCCCUCGCUCCUUUCACUCUCCAGGGGAGGGCAUCUGAAUCUCUCGCACGCACUCAUAAUUUGACCAUUCAGACCACUGCAUGCACAUAUCUGCUAGUAUGUACAUGUGCAUAAACAGGACCAGUCCGCAAACACACAUCAUAGGCAUACUUAAAAAUAUAGAGAUAAAACUCUUGAAACACUGAAAGAAAACACAUUGGCUAUAUUGCAAAGAUGUGCUGCCUAAAUAUUAUGAAAUAUUAUUAAAUGAACAGAUGAGUCAUUGUCA